GGUAUGUCAGCUAAACAAGGCAGAAAGUCACAGUGGAAGUGGGCUAAUGUGUUCUACUUAAUGGUGGCUUGUCUGUGGGUACUUAGAUAUGGCUUUUGGAAUUCAUUUGGGGAUUGUGUUGCUUUGCACCAUAUUCUCAGGACAUCUACAAUCUGCUUGGGCUUCACGUGAUGGCUAUCCCCAGGAUCAAAUCAGACCAGCCUCUAGUACUUCAGGUUCAGUCCAGAGUGACGCUACUCCGAGAGGGACUGGACCCAACACCCAUAACCAGAGACUGUCCCUCGGCGGCUCUGCGCCAAUCUUUCUCCAGCCAGCCCCAAGAACGUUAGGCAUCUCUGGCUCUAUAGCCAGUGGAAACCCUCUCAGCCACAACAAGCGUAACACCCUUGCCAGCAGAACCUCGGGCCAAAGUGUCACCAACCCCAGUGAAGUGAAGACAGUUUCAAGAUGGGAAGCAAAGGGAAUCCAGCCCAAAGCCUUUCGUCCAUUUCAGCCUCGUUCACGCAGCUCUGGAUCUGUUCAGAUUUCUCAGGGAAGCCGUUUAAUCAAAUCAUCCCCCCAGAAUUCUGUGGCACAAAGUGGAAGCUACCAGUAUUUAAGGGGAUCUGCUUACACCCCUGACCUUCAAGCUCCGUCACAUGGUUCUUUAAAAACUUCAUUUAGACCAGCUCCUCUGAGUUUUGGUUCUACUGAAGGCGGUAGUGCAACAAAUGGGUACAAGCCCAGGUUCUCCCACUAUGUCAAGCCAUACCAGAGCAGAUAUGCCUCUGCCAGUAGAAGUGGUUCAACCUCUAGUCAAUAUGCCCAAACUUCUGACCAGAGAAUAGAUGGAACCUCAAGAAGCAGCAGUAUCCCUAUGUCUAGCCUGGCCUCUAUAUCUUAUCUCUUUAGCCCAAGCUCUAUGCGUAGUGGAAGCUCCUAUGGCGCCUAUAAACCCAUCUCUACCCCUGGUGCAACACUAAGCCAAAGCCUGUUUACCUCUAACCAGGGUGGGGGUGGCGUAACCUACAGCCAGAAUGUCCUUGCUGCCAACCAGAAGCCAAGUGGCACUACAUCUGCCCAAAGCAACCAUAGGCAAGUGUCUGGUCAGAUGGGGCGCUACCAGCCCAGCUAUGCUGCCAGUAGUGGGCCAAUCGCCAGCCUCUUCAGUUCUUCCCGAGCUGGCAGUUAUUCAACCUACAUCCAGAAUGCCACCAUCCAGAAGCCAAGUGGCUCUAAACCUGUCCCCAGUCAGCCCAGGCAAAGCUAUCAGCCCAGCAAUACUCCCAAUGCAGUGAAGUCCAUCCCUAGCUCUGCCAGAGGACCUACCCAGAGCCUUUUCUUUAGCAGCUAUGGCCCUACCCAGAGCGGGACCAGCAGUGGCACCUCCGCCACUUCUCAAAGCUUGGCCCCAGCCACCAUCCACAUCAUCCCAAAACAUUACGGUGGCGCUUCUAUCCGUCGGCUCCAAGACCCUGUUCGUAGUGUGCUGAGACCAUGAAGUGAUGCCAGGCGUUCUACUUCAAUGGUUUUAAUAAAUACAAUUUGACUCCACUUAAA